GUUGAGCCGUCCACAACGCCAUUUGUUUCGCGAUUGCAUACCCGUCGCCGGCGUGAUGGUUCACGGGGAAAUAUGCUUCGGGUUGAUGAAUCUUUUGCAUUGGGGGUUGUGGCAGUACAACCUCUGGUCGGCAGGAAUGGAGUUUUCGGUCACUGAUUGUCGGAGGGUGGAUUUCGGGAUCGGGGUCGAGGCAGAGCAAGGACAGGCUGCUGGGACGAAGGGUUUGGAGAUGAGGGAGGUGAUGAGGGUUUGCCUCGUGCAGGUGGAACAGAGGAGAUGGGUGCAUUGGAGGGGGUGUUGGUGGUUGGGUGAGAUUAGAGAGCCGCAGUUGUUGCAUGGGAGGGGGGUUUUGAGGCCGGGUUCUCUGGGCAGCAAGUGGCGGGUUUUUCCUGGGAGAGGUUUUGAUGGGGUUCCUGCUAGGGAUGGUGCUGAGGAGGGGGCUGUGAAGGGGGUGUCGGGGGUGUCGUCCCAGAAGCGGGAGGCUUCUUGGGUUAGCUGA